AUGAGAGAGCGCGUUGAAUCGAGAGGGCUUCUCUGCAUCGCAAUCCUCAUCGCAAUUACCGAGUCUCCUGAUCUCGAGGAAGAAGCCAGGAAGAAUCUGUCCAUUCAGGAGGGAAGAGAGGGGAUGGAUCGGCCAGCUGGGCUGCGGCGCGGCAGGGCGCAGGACGAGAACGCUUCCAUGGCCAUGUCCUCGUCGCCGUCGGAGAGGAUGGAAGAGCGAGAGAGAGAGAGCCGCAGCCUGGCCCUGGAGAAGAGCUACGUCCACGAUCCAUACCAGCACAUGGCCUCGCAUUUCGCCGAUGAUGCCGACUAUUACAAGGCCUGGCCCAAAGUCAAGCAGUUCCUGUUGGACCUCGAACCCGGCUCUUUCGUCUGCGAUGCAGGUUGUGGCGAUGGGAAGUAUCUUGGGAUCAGUCCCCGAGUCUUCAAGGUGGGGUCGGACCGGUGUCAUGCGCUCUGUGCCAUCGCCAGGGAAAAAGGUCACGAGGUGACGGUCUGCGACACCGUGAGUCUUCCCUUCCGAGACGAGGCGUUCGACGCCGCCCUCAGCGUGGCCGUCAUCCACCACCUGGCCACCACCAAGCGGAGGAUCCAGGCCCUCAGGGAGCUGACCCGGGUGCUCCGCAUCGGGGGACGGCUGCUCAUCACCGUCUGGGCCGUGGAGCAGAAGCAUCGAAAGGAUCGGAGCGGGGCGGGGAAGGAGUCGGAGUCUGGACGUCCGCGGGUCCACCGAGCUGGCCAGCCCCUCGGACACGUGCUACGGAUUCGUUCGUCGCGCGCUCCAGGUAUUUUUCUUGCGAAACUCGCCGGAGGCCGACGCUCUCAAGGAGGACGGAAGAGCUCGCUGCAUCUCUCCCGCCUCCCGUCCGACUCCACGGACGCAGACGACGAGGCGGACGAGGCCGACCUACCGAUCGAACUUCGAAUGAUCGACUAUUCUGUCCCCGAGGACCCGGACCUUCUGUCGCCCAGUGGGGCCCAGCUGGGGCACGGCGGGGAUACGAAGGGUUUCGCCGAACUCCUCACCCACCUCUUGCCCUUUCCCCUGAGACCGAAGGGAAGACCCGGCUCCGUCGUCUCCGACUCCGGUGUUUCCAGCGACACGAGCAGGUCCAGGUCCAGGUCCAGCUUCUCCGAGUUCGGCGGAUCCGACACCCGCCGCAGUACCAAGACCGUCUCCUUCUCCACCCUCUCCGUGGAUUCCUCCGGCAAAUGCAAGCUGCGAGCCUCGGACGGAAGCGAAGAGGCACGGGACAGUGCUGUCUACAGCGAGACGAGCGAGGAGCGACUGUCCCUCUACCACGAGGACUUCGAAGCCCCUCAACCUCCGAUCCAGAUCCCAAAAAUGGGACGAAAGCCCUUAUUAAAGCAGAAGCAGUCCAUCUACGAAGACAUCCCGGUGAUGGACCCGCCGGAGAAACCGGACCGACCCUUCGCCAUCCUGGAAGAGGAAGGCGAAACGGUGAUCAGUGAGGAUUUCGGCCGGUUCAAGGCCCGCCCCUUCCCGCUGAGCAGCACGCGAAUCGUGAUCUUCAAGCAGGCAUCCCUGAACGAGGAGCUCCUUUCCAAGGGCACCCAGAAGCUCCCCCAGCGAGCUCUUCCCAAACAGACUUCCUUGAACGAGAACCUUCUCGCAGAGACGAGCGCGAAGCCCGCGUCGUUGUCGGUCGGGGAACAAUUCCAACGACGGGCCUCGACGGGAACGGGAACGACAACGACAACGACAGCGCCGCAGACCAAAGUGGAGUCCAUGCAAGAAACGCUGAGGAACGGAUUCGCCAAGAUAUUCCAGAGCUGGCGGAGCGAGUCCGGUCAAUUCCCCAGGACCGUGCCGGGCCCAGCGGAGGCCCGUCGUCGCAGUCUAUGGCAGAGAGGCCAUCAAGAACCGGAAUCGAAGGCGGGGCCUGGCAGGACGAGCCUGGAGACCAUCCUGGUCGAGGACCAUCGCAUCAUCGUCCGCGAACGGAAGAUGUCCCGAGAGGAGAACUCGGAUUCCAGUUCCAAAGACAAUAGUUUCCAAAGCGAUGCCAGCAUGGAUUCCGAGGACAGCUUCGUGUCUGUCAUCUACGUCCCGAAGCCGGAAAAAGGAGGAAGUCUUCACCGUUCCAUGAGUUCGGAAUCGGAAGCCGCCCCCGCGUCUCCCCGCUCUCCGAUCAGUCCCAGAUCCCCUAACGGCCAACAGAGCUCCAGGUCUCAGUCGUUAAAGUUUUUCCAGUCACGGAACCCAAGCCCCAAGAUAGGAACUCAAGUGUUUCAACCUGGCAUAGUGACACCUCAAUCGGACCCCUCGGAACCGAUCCCCGACGCAGGUACCCUUCCCUCCCCCUCCCUCGGACUCACCCGCCGUGCCCAAAAGCAACGAGAGCUCGACAAGCUGAAGCAAGACGCAGCCGCUCUCAGCGCCCGCAUCCAGGCCCGCAUCUCCAAGUUCCACGAGACCCAUCCUCCCCCGUCCCCGCUUAACCUCUCGGCCUUCCCGUCCUUCAGCCCCAAGCCUUCCCCCGAAUCCCUCCUCUCCAUCCCGAUCCCCCAAGACAAGACCCAGAUCUCCUCGCUGGCCCUGGGGGAAAGCAUCGAGAUCAUCCGGAAAGCGGGCUCCCAGGGCGUCAGGACCCAACACAAGACAGUGCCUCGAAUUUUGGAGCUAGAACUCUUCAAUCCGGUGACGGACGAUCUUUCAGAGGACACCGAUGAUGAGAAUUCGUCUUCCCCGUCUUCAGUAGCCAGUGUGAUAAGCGUCGUGAACGAAGACUGGCCUCCAGAUCUGGAAUUGGACGAUCCUGCCGAUCCUUCCACGUGGCAGCCCACAAAUCCUUUCUUGGAGGAUGUUCAAGCCUUGACAGGGCGUGCUCAAGAACGGUCUUCUCUCGAGCACGUUGAACGCCUGGCGACACAGUUGUCAGAGGAUAUUCUCAAAUCAGCUUUGGACCAAUUUCGACCUCGCUUGUACGGCCGAAAAUGGAAGCGGGACUCCGACAGCUCCUCUUCGCACUGGAGCACGACGAGCAACAUCUUCAGCAGCAGCCGGGACUCCGCAGAGGACGAGAGGGACAGAGACAGCCUGAGACGACGUUGGAAGCAGACGACGGCCACGACGUCGAGCAGCAGCAGCAUCGACCUGAAGCCCCUCCCACCUCUCCGGCGAAAAUCCCCGACGUCCGCGGGAAGGCCGAUGGCAGAGAGAAGCAGCAGUUCCGCGACGACGGCCUCCGAGGACUCGACUGAGCUCGGGGAUCCCGCCGCGUUUCGUCGCUUCUACCACCUGUUUCGGAAGGAGGAACUGGACUCUCUCAUCCAGAAGUACGUGCAGAACCUGCACAUCAUAUCCUCGUAUCGCGAUCACUCCAACUGGUGUGUCAUCGCCGAGAAGGUGCAAGUAUGGACCAUCUAAGUACUAAGGACUCUAGUGCAGUAUUUUUCUCUCUCGUCCUCCGCUCUUGUGAUUUCCGUUUGUCUCGUGCUCAGAGGCUCUCCGUGAUCUUCCUCCAUCUUGCCUGUGUCGUCGGACCGAGGUGGCCCUUGCUCUGUGAAGAGAGAAGCGCAGGCGGAGUGAUUUUCACUUUCUUAAUUUUUUUCCAAAUACCCUUUCUCAGGAUGCAUUGCUGAACCUCAUCUAUUCUAGCUAGCUAGUUAGCGAUUCAUUGCCUUGGAGUAGAACCACGUACGUUUGCCCGGCACGGAGUUGGACUUGAAAGAAUCGGCUACGCACGUCAGCAAAGCGAUGCACGUCGCGAGAGAUGACCUUAUCCAUCUUAUAGAGGAAUAUAUUGUGGGUGGAACCUACAAUUUACCUCAGGGAUGGAACGGAGGUGCGAAGCAAUGGAACUGAAUGCAACAGAGGACGGUAGCGCUAGGUAGUGCCUAACAGGCAGUGCCUAAUUGCAUAUUCCGCCAGAACCGCUUUUCUCAUCAUUUCCGUCAGUUCUGCAUUCUGACUGCUCAUUGACUUGCAGUGCAAUUUUCUGUGAAGAGCCACAUUCCCCCAUGAAAAGACAAACAGCAUUAUGUUGUCGCUGUAAAAUACAUGUUCUAUUCUUUGACGCCUGCUGCAUGCAAUUUCAAU